UUCAAACACUUUCGCCCUUCUUCUGGUGAAUGUACUUCAUGAGAGAAAGUAGGGUGGCUGAAGUGAUGCUAACGUUAGCUUAGCCCCGCGCUGCAGCUAACGCUAUGUCUUCAGAGAGCAACGCUGCUGGAGGCGUUCAGGGGCAUCUCCUGAAACUUCAUGAAUAUCUCGCAGACGAAGACACACGAUCCGCAGCUUUGAAAUGCCACGAUAUUAUCGGUGACCUGGGACAAGAGUGCAUGCUCACACCAACCGACAACGAACUUGCUUUGCAGACGUCCUUAUUGUUCUCAAAAGACUAUGGACUGCUCAGCUUCCUCAGGAAGUCCCUGGCGUCAGAGGAGUUCCGGGACACCCGAGUUGAGAUCUUGGGUUUUUUGGAGAAAUUCUUGGACAGGGUCUCACCAAGUGUCAAGGGUUGGGAGAAGACAUACGCCACUGACAUAAAAGACACAUGCAUGGUUGUGUAUACGAAGGAGAAAGCAGCCAAGUGUCGGUCUCUGGUGCUGGAUCUCCUCAUCAAGGUUCUCCAAACAACAAAAGCUUCCAGUGUGGUUGCAGAGCUUCGAGUCUGCGACAUAUUCAACAGGUUUUACGGCGAGCUCUGUCAGAGGAGCAAACUGCCUGAUUCAGUCCUCGGCAAAAUCUACGAGUUGCUGGGAGUUCUCGCAGAGGUUCACCCCAGUGAGAUGGACAAGAACUCUGACAAACUCUUCAAGGCCUAUCUAGCGGAGCUCAAGGAACAGAUGACCUCUAGAACAAAGGAGCCCAAACUUUUUGUUGUAGCUGGAUGUUUGAGAGGAAUCACUGCGCUUAUGGUCAACUUCCCUAAAACAAUGGAGGAAGACCCAGCAACGUCCAAGGACAUUUUCCAGUAUGCCCUGAAGGCCGUCAGCCCGCAGAUGUCGAUGACGCGCUACGCUGUCACAUUCGCCGGCCUCAGACUCCUCGCCAAACAUGCGUCCCAGUUCAGCAGCUGCCUCAUGGACCACUACGGAGAUUUGUUCGAGGUCAUGUCGAAGCUCUGUGGACAUGGCAACGCUGAGAUGAAGAAGACGAGUUACUACGCACUUGAGGCCUUCCUCAAACAGGUUGCAUUGCUGGUAGCAGACAAUAUUGAGGAGCACAAAAGCAAGUUGAAGUUCUUCAUGCAGAAGUUCUGCAGCAUCAUUAGAACCAUGGACUCGACGCACAAGGAGCUUUCCAUCGCUAUACGGGGAUAUGGAUUCUUUGCCACCCCAUGCAAGAAAGUUUGCCCACAAGACGUGGACUUGAUGUACACCGAGCUGAUUCAGCGCUGUAAGCAGAUGUAUCUGACCGAGUCCGAUGGGGAGGACGACAGCUUCUACCAGCUGCCCAGCUUCCUGGACGCCAUAGCCAGUGUUCUGAUUCACCUGGACAAGAUUCCAGAGGUGUAUACACCGCUGCUGGAGCGUCUCCUCGUGGUGCAGAUCGACAGCUUCCCGCAGUACAGCGAGAAAAUGCAGGUUGUUUGUUGCAGGUCCAUCCUGAAGGUGCUGGUGGCCAUGGCCUCCAAAGGACCGGUCCUUUUGGGAUUCAUUAGCUCUGUGGUGCACCAGGGCCUGAUUCGUGUCUGUUCAAAACCCAUCAUGCUUUCUGAGGACAACGACAGCGGGCUUUCCCAAGUUCACACUGGAAAAUGGAAAGUUCCAUCCAGUCAGAACUACCUCGCCCUGUUUAAAAGUCUUCUAGACUGCCAUCUGCUGAAGGAUUCAGGAUUUUUGGAUGGAGCUUUUGAAAGUCAGAACGCCUCCCUCGUAUCUUUCAGCCGUCUGCUUUACGACGAGUUGGUGAAAUCAAUUCUCAAAAUAUUGGAAAAGUUGGACUUGUCCGUGCAGAAAGUGACAACGGGAGAGGAGGCUCCGGAUGAUGCGGCCCAUGUCCUGCCGUCCUCUGACCCCACAGCUCAUCUGCUGCCCAAUAAGAUCAAAGACUUCACUGCUUUCAUCAACCUGGUGGACUUCUGCAGCGAAUUGUUGCUGACUAAACACCUGGACUAUUUCCAGUCCUGGAUGUAUCCCUUGAGCCAUGAACUUAUCCUCCACUCCAUACGAAAUCCACUUGUCAGUGGCUUUUACAAGCUGCUCUCUGUCACCAUGAACAUUGCCAAGAGAAUCAAGUACUACCAGGGAGUUGGCCCGAGAAGCUCCAUGUCACCCCAGAGUGACACGGUGAAGAGCGCUUGUUUCGCUCUCUUCUCUAAGUUUGGAAAAGAGGUGUGUGUGAGAAUGAAGCAGUACAAAGAUGAGCUGCUGGCCUCCUGCUUGACCUUCGUCCUCUCGCUGCAGCACAACAUCGUAGCUCUGGACAUCAAGGCCUACUGCCCUGCUCUCGAGGCGGCUCUGAAGUUGGGUCUGAGCCAUGUUCCUUUGGCCAACGUAGCCCUCGAUGCCCUUGAGGACUGGUCCUCCCACAUUCCUCUGGAGACUAUGCAGCACUGCUAUGCGAGCAUCCUUCCUCUUCUGGAUGGAUACCUGAAAACCACCUCCGACGACAAAGACGACAGCAACUGGGAGGUGACGUCUGCUGUGUCUUCGAGAAGUGACAAAGGAUACAGCCGAGUGAUGACGAGGCUCUUGAAGAAAUCGCGCCAGCUCACCACGGAAGACGCUCCUCUUGUCGCGGUGAGGCUCCGGGUGGUGAAGUUGCUCGGUCACCUGGGAGGACAGCUGAACAGGAACCUUGUAACUGGGGUCUCAUCAGAGGAAACGAUGAAGAGAUUUGUUGCCUGGGAUUCUGAGAAGAGGCUCAGCUUUGCGGUGCCAUUCGCCGACAUGAAGCCGGUCAUCUACCUCGACCCAUUUCUGCCGCACAUCAGUGAACUGGCUCUGUCCACAAGUGACAGACAAACCAAAGUCGCAGCUUGUGAGCUUCUCCACAGCUUGGUGGUCUUCAUGGUUGGGAAAAGUGCUCAGAUGGUGGAGGGGGACAAUAGCUUGCCGCCCAUGUACAAGCUGCACAAGAGGCUGUUUCCUGUGCUUCUGCGUCUGGCAUGCGAUGUGGAUCAGGUGACCAGACAGCUCUUUGAACCGCUGGUCAUGCAGCUGAUUCACUGGUUCACAAACAACAAGAAGUUCGAGAGCCAAGACACAGUAGCUGUUCUGGAGGCCAUCAUGGACGGUGUGGUUGACCCGAUGGAUAGCACUCUCAGGGACUUCUGUGGCCGCUGCAUUGAAGAGUUUGUCAAAUGGUCAAUCAAACAAACCACCCCCAAGCAGCAGGAGAAGAGCCCGACCAACAUGAAGUCCUUGUUCAAGCGUAUCUACAGCUUGGCUCUCCACCCUAAUGGCUUCAAAAGACUUGGUGCAGCCUUAGCGUUCAACAGCAUCUACAGACAAUUCAGGGAGGAGAAGUCCUUGGUGGAGCAGUUUAUCUUUGAAGUUCUCGUCAUAUUUGUGGAAAGUCUGGCUCUUGCACACUCAGAUGAGCGCUCUAUGGGUACAUUGCAGCAGUGUUGCAUUGCCAUUGAUCAUCUGAAAAGAAUCAUCAGUCACAAGGCCCCCAGUCUCAAUCAGCACAACCCCAAGACACGCGUCCCAAGGGGCUUUCCACCUGAUGGGAAGUUGUGCCUCUUUGAUGUGGUGUUAUGGCUCCUGGAACAAUGUGGCCGUCCUCAGUCUGAGUGUCGCCACAAAUGCAUGGCACUGUUCCAUGAGUUCGUUCCUCUCCUCCCAGGAAAGGAGUCUGCAUCUCAGUGGGUAGACGGCAUACUGAAGGAUCACGGCAAAGGUUUCCUGAUCUCACGUUUGGAGGGUGGCGGUCUCCUCUCUCAGCCCACUCUCAGGGACCUGACGGGUCCGUUCAGUGUCAGAGCCACCCUGCUGUGGAUGGACGUACUGCUGGCUGCCCUGGACUGCUACAACACCUUCAUCCACUUGCACAUAAUCAAGCCGAACCUCAUGCUGAGCUCCGAAGAGAAGUCGAGCUUUCUGAAAGGAAUACGUUUUUUCUUGAUGGAGCUGGCAACUCACGAGCUGGCAGCAGCAGAGAGCUGCUUCCCCUUUGGCAAGAAGACAUCUCACUUCAGCCCAAGAGAGGUGGACCAGUACAACUAUAGCAAGUGCACCAUCAUUGUCCGCCUACUGGAGUUUGCCACCAUGAUUCUUGUCAAAGGAGACGAAGAAUUUUGCAAGCUUCUGGAACAAGACAUUUUUGUCUCUGAUUUCUUUGAGCUGACUGUGCUGGUGGUGUGUGAGCCCUCCACUGUGGGGUUCAACAUGGCAGAUGUGGAGGUAAUGAGGAACCUACCAGAAGUGUGCGUUCCUUUACUAAAGGCGCUGCUGGCCUCGCCUUUCCGCACUCGACUUGAAACCAGUUUGCGGAAAAGAAUCUCCAUUAAAAGUGUGGAGGAGUUGUGUGCUGUAGAUCUCUAUCACUCCAGCACCCUCAGCCGCCACGACCAGAUGAAUAUGGUUCUGUCGUCCUGUAAGCAGAUCCACAAAGCCAACUUCCUCAGCUCCAUUCUGCACCGUCAGGAUGGCACAUAUGCCAAAUCCCUUGGGUCCAGACUUCUAAUGGCAGUGUAUAAAGGAAUAGCGCCGGGUGAGGAGCGGAAGGCACUUCCAUCCUUGGACAUAAAUACCAAGAGUCUGGCGGAUGGCCUGCUUCAGCUCGCCUUCUCUCUAAAUCAACAGAGUGAGCAGCUGGUGGACCUGUUGUUGAACACCAUCAUGCUCUCUGUGCCAAUCUCUGGAAGUCAGUGCCAUAACUUCCUGAGCUUCUCGCACGGCGAGUACUUCUACAGUCUCUUCCAGAUGACCAUCAACACUGAGCUGCUGAGAAGUUUAAACACCACGGUGGCACGACUCAUGGAGGCGUCCUCUCAAAACCCCAGCAUGGUGAGCGUGUUGCUGAAUGGCAUUCUGGACCACAGCUUUAGAGAGCGCUCUGUGAGGAAGAACCAGGGGAAACAGCUGGUCGAAGCGGUGCUAGGAAGAUGGAACAGUCUGCAGUCGUGGUGGGAGGGACACUCCUCCACGCCAGAGAGCAAAACGGCCACUCUACUGCUGCUCUCCAAGCUGCUUCAGAUUGACUCUUCCGUCUCCUCCGAUGCCAACCACAAAGCCUUCAAACCGGUGUUUUCCACUUUCACCAUGCUGCUGGUUGACGUGAAUCUGCCACUGAAUCUCAAGAGUCAGGCUCUGCUGGUGUUGCCCUUCUUCACAACCCUCCCAGAGAAGCCACUUGCUGACCUGCAGAAAGCCCUGGACGACCUGGUCGUGUCCCACUUCCCCAUGCAGUCCGAUGAGUUCGCUAAGGGCUCGCUGCAUCGCAACAACUACAUGGACUGUACCCGAAAGUUGCUGGAUGCCCUUGAGCUUUCUCAGAGCCCACUUCUUCUCAAGCUGAUGGCAGGGAUUCUGUGUCGUGACAGAAAACACAUCAUGGAGGAGACCUUCCAAACCUGUUUCCAAAGAAUCGCUAGCCGGUCGAGCAGCGAGCGGCAGCUGCAGCUGCUGUGCACCGUGUUCGGGGUGAUCCAGCGGGGCGACGUGCCGAUGAGCUCCGUGCUGGAGGCCAUGAUGGAGAGGGUCCUGCUACCUCUCGCCUCUCACUGCAGCACCAAGGCCCUCAAUGACUUCUUUGUCACCAAUGUGUCUGACAUCAUAGUUUUGCUGCUCAGUCGCUUCACAAAGUCAAAUGAAAUGGAAUUUGAGAUCCAGUUGAUGAAGAAGAACGGCUGCUUCAAGCUGAUGGAGCUCCUGUAUUGUCAGCUUUCCAAAGAAGAGGUUUACUCCAAGGGAUCCCGCAUUAAUCAAGCCUACUGUCGAUCAGACAAACCCGAAGGGAAUGAGUUGUCCAAGACCUUGAUCAAGUCGUGUUUUGAAGCCUUCACUGAGAACAUGGCCGGUGAGACUCAGCUGCUUGAACUGAGGAGGCACUACCACUGUGCUGCGUACAACUGUGCCAUCGCCGCCAUCAGCUGUAGCUUCAAUGAGCCCAAGUUCUACUACGGCUUCCUCUUCAGUGAGAAACCCGAGAAGAAUCAGUUAAUUCUGGAGAAUAUCAUCGACGUUAAAAGGACCUACAACUUUCCAAUUGAAAUUGAAGUCCCACUUGAGAGAAAGAAGAAAUAUGUCAUGAUUCGUAAAGAAGUGAGCGAGGAGAGUGGAGAAGCGCCAGUGUACCUGUCGUCCCAGUCUUACAUGGCCGACAGCAGCCUGAGUGAGGAGAUGAGCCAGUUUGAUUUCUCCACCGGAGUCCAAAGCUUUUCCUUCAGCUCCCAAAACCCAGAAGGACACAGGCGACCUGUUGCAAAAAGAGAAACGGAGGAGAAAAAUCCCUCCCAGGAUGCAAUGGUGGAUCUAGAAAUGGAUGAGCUGAAUCAGCAUGAAUGCAUGGUGACCAUGACUGCUCUUAUUGGACACAUGCUAAGGAACAACAUAACCCCCAAAACGGAACAGGGAACCAUGCCGAGUGAACUGCCUCCAUGGAUGAAAUUUCUACAUGGCAAACUAUCAAAUCCAGCGACACCUCUGAAUAUUCGACUCUUCAUCUCAAAGUUGAUCAUCAACACAGAGGAGGUUUUCCGGCCUUAUGCCAAGCACUGGCUGGGGCCGCUCCUGCAGGUCGUCGUUUCUGGAAACAACGGAGGAGAGGGGAUCCAUUUUAUGGUGGUGGACAUUAUCGUCAUAGUGCUCUCCUGGACGAGCCUGGUCAGCCCCAAGGGAAACCCCAGAGAUGAAGUGCUCGCCAACCGGCUGUUAGAGUUCCUGAUGAAGCAUAGCUUCCACUCCACGAGGGCAGUUUUCCGGCACAAUCUGGAGAUCAUUCGUACCGUGGUUGAGUGCUGGAAAGACUGCCUCCAUGUGCCUUACAGUCUGAUAUAUGAGCGUUUUCGUGGCACGGACCCAAACAGCAAAGACAACUCUGUUGGACUUCAGCUCCUGGGAAUCAUCCUGGCAAACAACCUCCCUGUUUACGAGGCCUCGUGUGGAAUUGAAUACGACAGGUACAUCCAGUCUCUCACCAACAACGUGUCCUUCGUGAGAUAUAAAGACGUCUACGCAGCUGCUGCUGAGAUUAUUGGCCUCACCCUGAAGAACAUGAGUGAAACGGACGCGCAUCGGCAGAAGCUUCUCAGUGCUGCUGCAAAUAAUAUAACCAAUCUGAAGAAAAAAGACAUGGAUGACAAGUUCAUUAUUUGCUUGAACAAAGUUUCAAAGCACUUUCCUCCGUUUAUGGAUCGGUUUUUCAACCAUGUGUUCUCCCUCCUGCCCAAACUGCACGGCAUCUUAAAGACUCAAUGUUUGGAGUGCGUGCUGAGCCGUGCUGAUGUCAUCCCGGACAUCUUUCUCCAUCUGAAGACCACAGGCUUUAUCCAGAUGAUGGGCCACAGGGAUGAAGCCAGGCAGAGAGUGUGUCUGGAUAUCAUCCACAAGAUCAUCGCCUGCCUGAGUCCAGUUCAGCUUCAGGAGCUCCUGGGAGCCGUGACGGCGUUUGUCUCCCAUCCUUCACCAGUGUGCAGAGAGAGGAUGUAUGACAUCCUCAUGUGGAUCCAGGACAACUACAGUGAUGCAGAGAGCAUGGAGGACAGCACCUCAAUCGAGGUUUUGAAUGCAGCGAAAGAAACACUACUUCAGGGACUGGCUGAAGAAAACCAAGGCCUUCAGCUUUAUGUUCAUAACUUCUGGAGUCAGGAGAAGCGCCUACCAACUGCGACCCUGGAGCGGAUGUUGACGGUGCUUGGUUCUCUCUACUCCCGUCCAAUAGAGAGGCAUUUCUUGAGCUUGGCUACCAAUCUGCUGCUGGAAAUGACCAGCCAGAGUCCCGACUUCAAAAGAAACAUCUUUGAGUACCCACUGUCAGAGUGUACCUUCCAGGACUAUGUGAUCGACUCCAACUGGCGCUUCAGGAGCACAGUGAUGACUCCCAUGUUUGUUGAAACCCAAAGAUCUCAAGGCCCGGAGAGUGUGGCAGCGUCGCAGUCUGGAGGCCUGAUGGGGAAGGUCCGAGCCACUCAGAGUUCAUUAGAGUUCAGCCAAACCCAAACAGCAGGUCGCCGUUCAGCCUAUAAUUGGCUGACGGGCAGCACGGUGGACACACUAGCAGAGCACACACUUGGCUCUGAGUCUCUGUCGUCAUUGUUGGCGUUUGAUAAGAAAUCAGAGAGGCAAACUACAGCGAGGAGACCAGUGGGAGAAGGCUUUGGGCUGAGGCGCCUUACUGUAUCAACCGAUGAGGUGGACAGUCGCACUAAUGCGGCAAAUGAGCAGCGCAGUAGCAUCCUCAGAUUGAGGCGCAGAUUUCUCAAAGAUCAGGAGAAAGUCGGCUUGACUUUUGCGCAUAAAGAGAUCCAACAACAAAGACAGAAAAAGGUAGACAAAGCUGAUCAAAGGCUGCGAAAAGAGGCUCAGGUGACUCUCUAUCGUAACUACCGAGUGGGAGACUUCCCAGACAUCCAGAUCCCAUACAGCAGCCUCAUCGCCCCCCUUCAAGCCUUAGCCCAGAGAGAUCCAAUUUUAGCCAAACAGCUGUUUAGCUCCCUGUUUGCUGGAAUCUUCCAAGAGAUGGAAACGCACAAAACGAGAGAGGAGAGCGGGAGGAUUAAAGAGGAGCUGCGAGGCACCAUGAAUACAUUCCUGACCAAGAGCACCCUCUGCUUCCCUCCAUUCAUAGCAUGUGUUCAGGACAUGUGCCGCCAGCAUCAGGAGCUGCAUCAAGUCGACCCAGCCGCCAUCAGCUCCACCUGCCUGAUGAGCCUCCAGCAGCCGUCGGGCAUCCUGCUGCUGGAAGAGGGCUUGUUGCAUGACGGGGGCCAGAACGAGCCUCCUGCCAAGCGAUCACGAGGACACAAAGAAAUCCCCCCAGAGACCAACAAAUGGAUCCACCUAGCAAGGCUUUACAGGUCGUUGGAGGAUUAUGAUGUCGUGCGCGGCAUCUUUGGGGGUAAAGUCGGGACCAAGUCGAUCACCUGCACUGCGCUUCAAGCUGAAGCCAACACUGACUUUGCAGAAGCUGUGAAGCUUUACAAUGAGGCCCUGAACACUGAGGAUUGGAGCGAUGGCGAGCCCACCGACUCUGAGAAGGACUUCUGGGAAAUAGCUGCCAUGGACGCCUACGCCCACCUGACUGAGUGGAAGUCUCUUCAGUACUGCUCCACCGUGAACAUAGAUGAAAACUCCCCGCCCAACCUCGAGAGGAUGUGGUCGGAGCCGCUCUACCAGGAGAUGUACCUGCCGCACAUGAUUCGCAGCAUGCUGAAGCAGCUGCAGCUGGGUGCGGUGGACCAAACUCUCCUCAGCUUCAUCGACAAAGCCAUGAAGGUGGAGGAGCGCAAAAAGCUGCUGGAAAGUCAUUACAGCCAAGAGCUCAGCUUGCUCUACAUCCUGCAGGAGGACUAUGACCGCGCGACGUACUACACCAACCACGCCAUGCAGCUCUUUAUGCAGAAUUACUCCAGCGUGGACACGCUGUUGACUCAAAGUCGGCUGACCAUCCUGCAGUCAGUGCAGGCCUUGACUGAAAUCCAAGACUUCCUGAUGUUCAUCAAAGGAGAAGUGUCUGUGAGCUCACUCAAGCAGCUCAUCCGACUUUGGACUGAGCGGUAUCCUGACGCUAAAGCGGAUCCAGUGAAUUUAUGGGACGACAUCAUUACAUCUCGAUGUUUCUUCUUGGACAAGAUCCGGGUAAAACUAAGAGGCCACGCUCCCGGUGACAGGAUGGAGGUGGACGGUUCAGAAGACCCAGCGGGAGACAUCGACACGUUGGUAAACGACUGCAAGUUCAACAUGAAGCUACAAAUGGCCGACAGCGCUUGGAAGCAGAAUAACUUCCCUGUGGCCACCAAGCUGCUGAAAGAACUUCGCCAAGAAGCCAAAACAAACAGAGGCUGGUUGCUGCGGUGGGUCCACAGUUUUAGUCGCUUCAACCAGAAACGCAGCCAGACCCAGAGUCCUGUGGAACAGAUCAGUGUCAUGCUGAAGACGAUCCCACUCCUGGAGGAGCUUCAGGCCGACUGUCAGAGUGCCACGGCUAAAGUAUUCAGACACCAGAAGAUACUUCAGGGUACAUCCUUCCACAUCCUGGCCACAGCUGUAAGCAGAAGCCCCUCGGUCCUGGGCACUAUGGACGCUGAGAAAGCUCAGAGAGUUGCAAAGCUUUCUGGAGCGGCUUGGCCCCAUGAGAAUUCAAAGAAAGUGGAAGUGGGGCUGCAGGUGAAAGCAUUGAAGUUGCUGUGUGACGCGACCAGAAAGGCCGAUGAAGAGCUUCAGUCGUAUACUCCGGACUGUGUGGAGAGCAGCAGCAUCAUUGAGACAUACAUGACUUUGGCUAACUUCUGCGACAAACGGCUGCGAGAGGAGGAGCAGAGUGAAACUGAAAGCCAAUUCCCAGAUAUGUUGGCACUGCCCGUUCAUAUAUUGAAGAGCAUGUUGAAAGCACUAAAGAUGAACUCUGAGGAAGCUCGCCUCAAGUUCCCACGUCUUCUGCAGAUCAUGGAGUUGUACCCCUCUGAGACACUGGACCUCAUGAUGAAAGAGAUGGUGUCAGUUCCCUGCUGGAUGCUGAUUGGAUGGAUCAGUCAAAUGGUCGCCCUACUGGACAAGCCGGAAGCUGUGGCGGUGCAGCACUGCAUCGAGCAGAUAGCGGAGUCCUACCCUCAAGCUCUGGUUUACGCUCUGAUGAUCAGCAGGGAGAGUUACCAGUUUGAGGACUCUGCUACAGGCCACCAGCAGCAGGGAUUUGUCAACAGGCUCAUGAGCAUGCUGGAUAAGGGAGGGUCUGUGAAGGACUUUGUGGAUGCACUGCAGCAGCUGACAAACCCUGAAAUGCUUUUUAAGGAUUGGUUGGAUGGUGUGAAAAAUGAAUUGGAUAAACCGAGCUUUGACGAGGAGCGGAUGGGCGUCCUGUACGAGGAGAUGCACGCUUCCCUCGGGGAUUGUAAACGAGGCGGUCACGGAACGUUUCGCAGCAAAUUCAUCCGAAAAUUUGCUAAAGAUGUGGCGACACUGCUGGGAUCUAAAGGCAGAAAUCUGUUCGAGAUGAGGAAAGAAAACCCCGUUUUGAAGCAGUUGGAAGAUCUGGCAGCAUCCAUGCGUGGAUUUCAGAAGGAACCAGGGAACCUGAAGGAAUACUCUCCCUGGCUGAGUGGAUUUAAAGCAGACACAUUCAGCAAUGAGCUGGAGAUCCCAGGACAGUAUGAUGGCAGAGACAAACCUUUGCCAGAAUAUCAUGCAAAAAUAACAGGCUUCGACGAAAGGGUGAAGGUGAUGUUGUCGAUCCGUCGCCCCAAACGUCUGAUCAUCCGCGGGGAUGAUGAGCGUGACCACCCCUUCCUGGUGAAGGGGGGAGAGGACCUCCGCCAGGACCAACGCAUCGAGCAGCUCUUUGGCGUCAUGAACAUUGUGCUGAGUCAUGACGCCGCAUGCACACACAGAGGCAUGCAGCUGCGCACCUAUCAAGUCAUUCCCAUCACCACCAGAAUUGGUCUGAUUGAAUGGAUGGAGAAUACCUGUACUCUGAAAGACUUCCUGUACAACACAAUGACUGACCAGGAAAGGGAAAGGGCCAAAAGGUGUGUUGAAGAUCACAACAAAUGGCUAAAGAAAUUUGCUCCAGAGUUAAAGGGUUUUGCACUGUAUGGACCUGCUUACAAGAAAGCGGGGCGUUCUGAGACGGUCGACGCCUUUUCCAAAGUGUUGCAGCAUGUGCCCAGAGAUCUCCUGAAGAGAGCUUUUCUGAAGAUGUGCAACAGUCCCGAGGCGUUCCUCUCCUUGCGCUCCCACUUCAUCAGCUCUCAUGCCUUGCUGUGCGUCAGCCAAUGGAUUCUGGGAAUCGGUGACCGCCAUCUCUCCAACUUCAUGAUCAAUAUGGAAACGGGAGGCAUGAUCGGCAUCGACUUUGGUCACGCGUUCGGCUCAGCCACACAGUUCCUCCCUGUGCCGGAGCUCAUGCCCUUCCGGCUGACCCAGCAGUUUGUGAAUCUAAUGCAGCCCUUGAGAGAGUCGGGUUUGAUCCAGAGCAUCAUGGUCCACUCCCUCCGCGCUUACAGUGCCGAGCCGGACCUUUUGCUGAACACCAUGGACGUGUUCGUCAAGGAGCCGUCGUUGGACUGGAAGAACUUUGAGCUGAAACAGAUGAAGAAAAAAGGCACAUGGAUGGAGAGCGUGAACACCAAAGAAAUCAACUGGUAUCCUCUACAGAAGGUGAACUUUGCCAGAAGAAAACUGGAAGGAGCAAAUCCAGCAGCUUUAACCAGUGAGGAGCUGAAGCUGGGCUUUGAGACGGACGCUGCCUACCAAGGGAUGCAGUCUGUGGCCCUGGGGGCCGAGGAGCACAACAUUCGGGCUCGGCUUCCAGCCGCCGGCUUGUCGGUGGAGAAGCAGGUGGACUGUCUGCUGGACCAAGCCAUGGACCCAAAUGUGCUCGGCAGAGUUUGGGAGGGCUGGGAACCAUGGUUCUGAUUGUCUGAUAUGUGAAAUAUUUCUAAGAUAGUCAUUCACAAUAAUUGGGAAGCAAAUCGUAUCGAAGGUGCGGUAAAUACAUUUGAGAAGAUGUUUUUUGUUUUUUUUGUGGUCUCAUUCCCUGUAAUGUCAAAUGUUUCCUCUUUUUUAACUGCGGCAGAUAAUUUUCAUAUAUAGUGGGUACGGCAGAGUGUGUGUGGCUUAAAAUCAAGAAAUCUUAAGUUUGGUAAAAAAUGAUUUUGAUUCGACUUGAAAAGAACCAUUAUCAUCAUUACCAUCAUCUAUCAAUGUCUUGUAGCUUCAAUUUCAAAUAAAAAUGUGAAAAAUG